AACUCAACAUUCAAACGCUAUCACAUUUUCAUAGACCGCAUCCGCUAGUCAACUCACCGCUUUCCAGUGCAGACCACAUCCAGAAUGCCGGUAGCAGCCUUCGCAGGCCCCGUCCACGUCUCCCAUCACCCCGGUACGCCAUCGCUGCGCGCAGUAUGCCGACGCCCUCCAAGAUUCUCCGCCUCCGCACCCGUUCGGCGUCCCGAAAACGCACCAGGAGAUCUCUACGUCGAUUCGAGCUGCAUAGACUGCGACACAUGCAAAUGGCUAGCCCCGCAAAUAUUCCACUCGUCUCACGGCCAAUCUGCCGUGUACAACCAGCCGACCACCCCCGACGCUCAGCUCAUCGCUCUGCAGGCUGCCGUCGCCUGUCCGACGGGCUCCAUCCGCACCACAAAGCCAUCUCGUAUUGCUCGCGAUGCACGGAGCUCCUUCCCACUCGCUAUGCCAAACACACUUGAGUCCACCACCGUACCGGACGUGUUUUACAACGGCUUUGCGUCCCCGGAUACCUUUGGCGGUGCCAGCUGGUUGGUCAUUCAGAGAGGCGAUGAUCCGUGCGUCAUUAUGUUUGACUGUCCGAGGUUUUUCAAGCCUCUGUCAAAGGCUAUAAAGAAGAUGGCGGAGCCCCUUGGAGGCAUCCGUUAUUUGGUUCUGUCGCAUCAGGAUGAUGUAGCUGGACAUGCGAAAUGGGCGAGCGAGCUCGGCGCGGAGAGGGUCAUACAUAAAAGAGAGUGCAAUGAGCGCCAAGGAACAACCGCGUGCGAGGUGCAGUUGGAAGAUGCUAACUUUCCGUACACGUUAAUGGAGGGCGUUGAGCUGAUCCAUGUGCCGGGACACACUAGCGGAUCGAUUGCGAUGCUGCACCGUGGAACGCAGAGCUUGUUCACAGGGGAUCACAUAUUUUACUCGCAGCGAGAGGAUAGACUAUGCGGAGCAAGAUACAUUAUGCAUUCAAGGGAAGAACUCGUUAAAUCGGUGGAAAAGCUCGUGAAUAUUCCGUUCCUGCACGGGUGGCCAGGGCAUGGCGGACACUUUCACUUUAGCGAUGAGGAAGAUCGGAUAACGCAGAUCACAUCGGCAGUGAAGUUUAUGAGAGAUAGUUGGAAACCUUGGUGAGCCUGAGCGCGUCCUUAGGCACGGGUGUGUGGAACUGCAGUUGCGCGAGAACUGCUAUAAACGGUAGAAGACGCAUCAUGUUCCCAGUGAUGCUUGCAUCAAGUGUGCGGCCCAUAUAUGCCUAGUCCGUAGGGCGAUGUUAAGACCAACGAGUAUUACUGUCAACUGCUCUUUAGAUAGGAGAUCUACUGCGAUUCCCGUCGGUAUGGUACAUAGUCUAGUCCAUGUCUUCUAUCAUACCCAUUGGUAUCACUAGAACGCUGAGCAGUCCCAGAAUGUUGUGUGCCAUGUAGGGUAGAAGAUGUAAACGUAACCGUAAACCGAGUGCAAACACCAUGCGAAGA